UGCAUGUGAUUACCCUCAGCAGCUCUCUUUUAUUUGGGUUGGUAACCCGAUUCCCAAGGCGACUGUUGCCACUGCAAAAGCAUCAGCGAAUGCACAGGCACGCCACGGUUUAAUCUCUAACUAGUGCUGCCACUGAAAUGAGUUCUUCUGUGUGUGUUAUGAUUUAAUGGUAAUGGAAUGAAGAAGGAAAAUCUAAUUUGUUCAGGAUCUGAAGAAUUUGGGAAAUCUUACUCCACACAAAGACUGCACUUCUCUGGUGGACGAACAGAAACUUGAACUACAAGAUGAGACUGCCAGCCAUCUGUAUACCUUGCACACCAGUGUAUAUUCCUCAUAACACACCUCCUGUCCGGCAGAGUCGCUCCCUGGUGGUCACGCCCGUGACCUUUCCCAUCAUCUCAGACUCAGCCCGGCUGCAGACCAGCAAUCAGAGUAUUCCAAGACUGAACCCAUUACAUCCACCUCAUGUCCAUACGCGCACCGUCAGUCUGGAGACUCCAGCUGUUCACCACCAUAACCACCAGAGGGCAGUGAUCCUGCAGAGGAGAGAGCAUUACAGCUAUCACCAAGUGUGGAGAAAACCCUUCUAUGGAAGCAGCAGUGAGAGAGAAGAAUACAGGAAGGAGGUACGAGAGCAGUUAAAGAGGCAGAUGGAGGAGAAAAGUGUAGCACUGAAGCUGCAGCUUGCCACUAAAUUCAAGGAAACCGCGUUUGCCCGAGAAGUGGAUCGUCUCGCCGUGUCCAGUGACAGAGAGAAGAGGAUGCAGCACAGCAAAGCAAUGAUGAUAUACAGAGAUGAGAACAAGAGGCUAAUGGAGCAAAGGUGGAAGGACAGAGCACUAACACGUUCCCAGGAGGCCCUGGAGGAGAGAGAGCUGCUGCGCCUCAACCCCAUUAACUGGAGUGGAACACUCAAAUAGGCUGAACCUCGACAUCCUCAGACAGAAGUGUUACGUGAACACGAAACACAAGAAGAUGUACGAGGAACAUGUAAUUAGUGCUGUAAAAGCCAUUAAAGAACUCCAGAGGGACAUUUCACAGGUUUUUACACUCUGAAUAUAUUAGAACACGAAUGCAUUUUCAAUCUUA